CGUAAACCGGAGAAAAGUGGCCGUUUUUUUGUGAUCGUGUUGUGUACCACGGACAUUAAAUGCUGGCCGCCGCCCCUCGCUCUCCUGUACUCCCCGGUACAUGUGUGUAUGUGUGUGUGUGUGUGUGUGUGUGUGCGUGUAAGCGCCUGGUGGUGCUGUGCGGCCUGCUUCGUCUUGGGGCACACGCGCACCGGAGAUAUAUUUCCGUACAGAUCACGGCAGGCUGCGACAUUUUUCCUAGAUUUUGUAGUGUGGUGUACCGUUCGUUCGGUUAGGAAGGGAUUUUUUUUUUUGGUGGUAUCGGGCCAUCAAUGUGCCCUGUGGUCACUUUUUGUGAGGCCAGUCCCCAUUUCCGGCCCCCAAAAGUACUGUGCCUGUGUUUGUGUGUGUGAGAGUAAAACGUGACCAAUGUGUGACGAGUCGUGUAGAGAAGGUGCUCAGUGCAAAGUGGUGUGUUUCUGCAAACUGAAACAAUUUCCCUUCGAAUGCUAGGUCGGAAAAGCGCAAAGAACGUGGACCCAACAGAAAGGUGAACGCAAGGAAGCAAGAAAGCAAUCAAGAAUAAUCAAGCCGGGAAGCUGUUAAUGACGAGGAACGAUUCGGUGCGGGGUAGACAGGGGAAAAAAAAUGCAUCCGAGCGAUGGAUGCUCCUCGUAAGCAAAAGUGUGGUCUCUAAUCUGUGUAUGCGCGCGCGCGCGUUUGUGUGUGUGCGUCUAUAAUUCGCGUGCGUGUGUGUGAUAAUGCUCGACGCCGCGUGUGUUUGUACGUCGUGUGUGCUACAGGAGAGGCAGCGUUAGAAGAAGUAGUAGUAGAAGAAGAAGCAGCAGUAAUUGUCGCGUGAAAGUGUAAGUGUGUCGAAAUAUGUGCAAGUGUAGUGAGGAGAAUGUAAUUGAAAAAGUCGCAUAAUCGAUGUAGUAGUGUGUGUGUGAAUGUGUGUGGGAAAAAGUGAUCAAUUAAAGAAAAAAGAGAAAGAAAGGUUAAGUAUUACUGGAAAAUUGUUUCUCCCGCCAAGUGUGUGUGUGAGUGUGUGUGCGCGCGCGCACCAAAUCCUCUCUCGUGAGUUGAAUGCGCCUAGUGUGUAUGUGCAUUUAUGCGCCGCUGUGUGGUGUGUGCACGCGUGUCCGCGUGUGUAUGUGUGUGUCAGAGUUUAGUGUAAUCGUGCGUGAGUGUGUGUAGCAGUAGUAAUACCGAUCCGUCUCUGUGUGUACGAUUGUCAUGAAUAUUGUGUCGCGCACAGUCGUCGCCACCAUUGUUGUUUGCAAGUGAGAAAAACGUUGUUGAAGAGCCUAAGGCGGCGGGCAGUAGUGUAAGCAGGAGGAGGGGAAACAGGCGAAAAGUACGUCGCGCCUCUCCCCUUCCCCGCCCCGAUCGCAAUAUGUUGGAAUCGAACUCGCGCCGUGCGAGCAGAACAGUAGCGGCCGCCGAACAGCAGCAGCAGCACCACCGCUAAGUGGGUGGUGCCGCGUCGUUUCCCCGGAAACUCAAAUACAAACUCACCCCUCCCCUCAGAACAACAUAACAAAACAAAUACUAAAGAGCCGAGCGCCAGCCGCCGGCUAGAAAAGGGAAUUCCUACGGCCCCGAAGCGCCUACAGAAGGGGAGAGGAGGAUCACAGCCGCCAGCAGAGAUGGGCGAUCCGAAGAACAAAAAUUCAACGGCAGGUUCGGCCGGCGGAGCGGGUGGCGCAUCGUCGACGGCGGCCGCCUCCGGCACGACCACCACGACCACGUCGUCGGCGGCCGGACCGGUCACAACGCCGCAGCAGCAGCAGCAGCACCAUCAGCCGCCCUCGCAUCAUCCGCACGGGCCGCCGCAUCCACAUCACCACCAGCAGGGGCCGCCGCCACCGCCGCCGCACCAUUCGCAUGGACCGCCCCACCCGCUGCAUAUGCCACCCCAUCCGCACCACCACCCGCACCACCAUCCGGGCGGACCGCCGGGGACGGCCGGUGGGGAGCAUCAGCAGCCGCCACCACCGCCGGGGCAUGGGCCGCCACCUGCGCCCCACCACCCGUACGACCAUCACCAUCCCGGUGCGGGCGAUGCCCCGAACGGCGGCGGGGGUGCAUCCGGUGGCGGCAAGGAUGACGGUCCGCCGCCACCGCCCCACCACGGGCACGGUGGGCCGCCGCCGCCGCCCAUGGGCCACCAUCAUCAUCAGAUGCAGCAUCACGGGUACGGGCAGCCGCCGCCGCCGCCCAUGCAGCAUCAGCAGCAGUACGCGCCCCGCUACCACCACCACCAUCCGCACCAUCCGCACGAUCCGAACGUGCAGGGGCCACCGCCGCCGCCCCCGGGCGCCGGCGCCCCGGACCCGUACGCACACUAUCACCAUGCGCACCGCAUGAGUGCGGCGGCGGCCGCCGCUGCAGCCGCAGCAGCCGCCGCCGCCUCGUCCGGGGGUGGCGGAGGAGCGCCCGGCAGUGCAGGGCCGGGCGGGUCCGGUACGCCGCCGCCCCCGCCGCAGCAGCAGCAUCCGGGCGGGAAGCCGGCGGCCGCGGCGGCCGCCGCAACUGCAGCCGCCGCCGCAGCAGCAGCCGCCACCGGCAGUCCGAUGCAUGGGCGGCACGGUCGCUACAUGUCUCAGCAGCCGACGGCAGCUGGUGCGGGCGGCGGUGCCGGCCAGCCACCGCCAGGCGGUGGAGCGGCUGCCGCCGGCCAGCCGCCCGGUGGACCGGCAGCUGCCGGCGGCCCGACGCCGACGCUCAACUCGCUGCUCCAGUCGCACCCGCCUCCGCCACCGGGCCAUCCGGGGGCGCCGCACCAUCGCUAUCCGCCCGGCGGGUACGAUCCGUCGGCCGGCUCGCCCCAGGGCCAGCAGCCGCCCGGUCCGGGUCAGCCGCCGGGUCCGCCGGGCGGUGGACCGCCGGGCCAGGGCCAGCCCGGUAUGCACCCGUACCACGGGGGACAUCAGCAGCAGGGCUGGGCACCGCCACCCCGACCCUAUAGUCCGCACUCGCAGCCGUAUAGGCCGCCGCCACCGGGUAAUACCGGACGUGGACAGUCACCAUAUCCGCCGGGGCCACCGGGCCAAGCGCCCGGUAGCGGCUACCCACCGCCGCAGCCACCCGCCGCCGGCCAGGGAUCGCAGCAGCCGCCCGGGCCCCCGCAGGCAGCCGGCGCUGGCCAGCCCGGCACCGGUGCCGGCGGUCCGCCCGGCCAGGGACCACCGCCGGCGGGUGGCCCUGGCGGGCCCGCGGGCGGAGCGCCCGGCCAGUCACCACAGCACCAUCCGCCCACCUCCCAGGGACCGCCCGCCAACGCGCAGUACACGCCCUACCAGCCGCAGCGCUACCCGACGCCCGGCGGUCCCAACGCACCGAACCAUCGCACCCCGUAUCCUCCGCAUCAGUAUGAACCGGUCCGGUCGUGGCCAUCGCCAGCAGCUAGCCCGGGACCGGGUCCGGGCCACAUGCCUCCCUCACCACACGGACCCCCGCAGAGUCCUGGGCAGCAGCAGCAACAGCAGCAGCACGGUGGCGGCCCCAGCCCGUCACCCCAGCCACCGCAGCCGGCUCCCUCACCACAUCAGGAUUCGACGGGUCAAAACAGUAAUGACAGCACGACGGGAGGUAGCGGCGGGCCUGGCAAUUCCGCAGGACCAACGGGCAUCCACGGUGCACCCGGCACACCGAACUCCUCCUCUUCGUCGUCGUCUCAGGGCAUGAGGCCAACGCCGUCGCCAACCGGUUCUGGUAGCGGGUCGCGUUCUAUGUCACCGGCAGUAGGCCAACAAAGUAUUUCGAUGCCUCCUCGUCCAUCCAGCAGUCACUCGCAAGCGCCAAACCAGCAACAGCAAGGACCGAACCAUCAGCACGGCGGCAGCAACAGCAAUCUCGUGCACGGUCAGCAGCAGCAGCAGCAGACGCAAGGACCACCGCCAGGAACACCGGAACACCACGCCCGUGUAGCCUCGCCGAAUCGUCCCCCGUCGGCUUCCGCCCAGCAGCAGCAGCAACAACUUCCACCAGUGUCGUCCGCACCCGCGGGCGGCCCAGCGUUACCGCCGUCGUCGCAGGCAGGUGCCGCCGGAGGGUCGGCAGCAGCAGCCUCCGCGAUGGCCGCCCAAGGCUACCAGGCGCAACCGCCCCAUCCGCCGCACAUGCACGGUGGCCCGUACAAGAUGGGCCCGGGCGGCCCGGGAGGCAUGCCGCCGGGUGGUCCCGGCCAGCAAAUGUCACCGUAUCCACCGCCGCCCCCGCACCAGCAGCCACCUCCGCAGUCGCAGCAGUAUUCACCACACUCGCCCGCGAGUUACUCGCCGCGUCCGCAAUACCCGGGAGCGUACGGCCCGUCGCCACCGGUGCCGGGGCCACCGCCACCGCCCGGCACCCAAUCGGCCCAGGGUCCGCCCGGCAGCGGGGGUCCGCAACCGCCACACCCGCCGCCACCCGGCGGCUAUCCGGGACAGCACCGGAUGCCGAACCACGUGGGUGCCGGGGGACCACCGCCACCGCCCCACUCGCAGUACCCUCCGCACCAGUAUCCGCACCAGCCGCCAAGCCCCUGGGGACCACCGCACACGCAGCAGGCCGGCGGCCCUGGUGGAGCCGGCGCGGGCCAUGUAAAUAAUCAUGUACAGCAAUCGCAACAGGGCCAGGGCGGGCCACCGACGCCCGGCGGUGCCGGCGGACCGCGGCAAGUCAAGGGUAUGCCGCCCGGUCCGCCGGGAGCUGGCGGAGUACAUCCGCAGUCGCCCCAGCAGCAGCAGCAGCAGCAACACUCCCAACACCAUCAGCCACCGCCACCACAUCAUCAGCCGCACCAUCAGGCGCAUCAUCAGUCCCCGCACCAUCCGGGCGGCCAGUCCCAGCAGCCGCCGCCCCAGAGCGGUUCGCCCCAGCCGCUCAACUACCUGAAGCAGCACCUUCAGCACAAGGGCGCGUACAGUGGAGCGCCCAGCCCGACGCCACCGCCCGGCCAAGGGUACGGCAACGGGCCCGGAAUGCAUCCACCGAUGGGUCCACCACACCACAUGGGCCCCCCGAUGGGACUGCCGCCGCCACCGAACGCGAGCAGCAUGGGUCCGCCGCCACCGGCCGGUACACCACCGAACCAGUCACCGUCCGGUGCGGGCGGCAGUGGCGCCCUCGGACAUCCGCAGCACCCGUCGCAGCAGGAGGGCGGGCAUCCGCCUUCGCCGCACGGGCAACAGCAACAGCCUCCGUCGCAGCCCCAGCACCCCGGGCAGCAGCAGCAGUCGCAACAAUCGCAGCAGCAGCCUCCCCACUCGCCCCACCAUCAUCCGCAUGGGCCACCGCCGCCGCCCCACCAGCAUCCGGGCCACCAUCCCGGUGCCGAUGUGCCGCCGCAGCCACCACACCACGGGCUGCUGGCGGGAGCGGGCCAGGACAACGGUAUCGGCAAUGCGGCUGGCGGACCGGGAGCAGGAGGAGCAGGAGGAGCGGGUGGAGGUCCACACCAUCACCAUCAUCCCCAUCAUCAUCAUCCAGUUACCUCACUCGUUACGACGGGACCUGAUGGCGCUCCACUCGACGAAGCCAGUCAGCAGAGCACCUUAUCCAAUACCUCAGUAGCUUCCGGAGAAGAUCCCACGUGCUCGACGCCGAAGUCGCGGAAAAACGACCACUACAACCAAAGCCAUCUGACGAACACCAACACGCCGUCGUCGUCGAAUGCGUCGCCCGGACCGCACAACGCACACGAAGACUUUGAGCUCAACUCGUCCCCCACGUCCUGGCCGCGGACGCCAGCUAGUCCAGUAUUUAACAGUCACGUUCCUCCGACGCCGGAGACACCUUUUAGAUCCACUAAGCAGAAAUCGGACAGCUUGAACAAGCUGUACGAGAUGGACGACAAGCCGGACCGGCGCGUGUUUCUGGACAAGCUGCUGGCGUACAUGGACGAGCGAAGAACCCCGAUCACGGCCUGCCCGACGAUCUCGAAGACACCGUUGGAUCUGUACAAGCUGUACGUGUACGUGCAGGAGCGCGGCGGGUUUGUUGAGGUGUGUAAGAAGGUUACCAAGAGCAAAACGUGGAAGGACAUCGCCGGCAUGCUCGGGAUUGGGGCGAGCAGCAGUGCCGCCUAUACGCUGCGCAAGCACUACACGAAGAAUCUGCUGCCGUUUGAGUGCAAGUUCGAUCGCGGCGGUAUCGAUCCGGGACCGAUCAUUGCGCAGGUCGAAGCCGGUUCGAAGAAAAAGUCUGCCAAAACGACCUCCGUUCCAUCGCCGGGAUCAUCGAAUUCGCAAGACUCGUUCCCAGCGCCCGGCAGCAGUAGUGCCUCGAUGGAUGGCUACGGACCGUACCCGGGCAGUGGCUAUCCGCCCGGCUCCACGCCGGACUAUGUGCAGCAGCAGCAGCAGCAGGGUGCUGCCGGUGGCCCACCGGGUGGUCCACCAACGCCCGGUGCCCAAGCGGGCCCGGGACAGCAGCAGCCACCACAGCCCCAGCAGAGGCCACCCUCGCAGCAAAGUGGCACCCAGUCUCCUCAUCCAGGUUCAGCACCGCCUGCCUCUGGCGAUAACAUUAGCGUGAGCAAUCCCUUUGAUGAUCCCGUGGGUCCACAGCGUCCCCCGUAUCAGCAGGGCGCUCCCUAUCCACCGGUUUCACGUCCCCAAGGUGCUCCUUACCAGGGACAGCCGGGUGGUUACGGGCAGUACGGUGCCCCAGAACAGUACGGACCGGGGGCGGGCACACCGCCCGGCCAGUAUCCACCGCCGCCCGGCCAGCAGGGACAGUAUCCUCCAUCGAAUCGGCCGCUGUAUCCACCAUACGCACCACCGGAAGCCGGAGAAGGAUCUCUCUACAGAGGCACACCACCAUCGUCGGCGGCCCCCGGACCGCCAUCGGCAGCCGAUCCGUACCGGGGCUACGGCAGCUCACCCUACCCGCCGCCACCGCAGCAACGAGCGUAUCCGCCGCAGCAGCAGCCAGUCGUCAGUGCGGCCCCCGGCGUUCCGCCCGCUGGUACGCCUCCGAUUCCGGGCCAAACGGGUAGUGCCGCCCAAGGGCAGGUGCCGCCGGGAGGAGGACCACCAUCUCAACAGCAGCAGCAACAGCAGCAGCAGCAACCGCAGCAAGCGCCGCCUCCGCAGCAGCAACCGGGCGCCCAGGGCCAGCCGGGUGCACCGGGAGGAGGCUAUCCGGCACCGGUCGGUCAGCCAGGCGUGCCACAGUCGGCCGCUGACUACUACCGACAGCAGCAGGAACAGGCUCUUCCCUACCCACAGCCCAACCAGCCCCGGCGCCAUCCGGAUUUCGAAAAGAGCCAGCAGCCCUAUCCUCCAUACCAGCAGCGGCCUCAGAUGUAUCCAGGUGGAUGGCAGGCAGGUCCUGGUGGACAAUACCGUGGUCAGUAUCCUCCGCAGAGCCCCCAGCAGCAGUGGGCGCACAAUGGUCCCCGGCCAAGCGGUCCGCCCGGUCCGCCCGGUGCUGGUGUCCCGCCCGGUGGUCCGCCCGGUGCUCCCGGUCAGUGGGGAGCGACCGCGGAUGUGAAUCGUUACCCUCCCAGCCAGCAACAGCCACCAUAUCCGACGCAUCAGCAGGGACAACAGCAACCCUGGAACCAGAUGCCACCGACGUCACAGAACUCACCGAUCCGGCCACCACUGCGCGGUGGCAAACCGUACCCUCCGAUGGCAGGGGCCGGUGGUCCGGGUGUUCCGGCGCCGCCCGGCACGAUGCCGGGAAUGCCACCGGCUAGCAUCAACACACCGCCGCAACCGCCGGGCGUUGUCGGUGGUCCGCCAGGAGCGGCGCCAGGAGCCGCCGGUGGACCGGUCGUGCCCGUCAGUGGCGGUCCGUCCGUCGUUCCCUCCCCCGGCGGCGGCGUAGUAGUGCCCGGUAGCGGUGUUCCUUCCGUUGCUGGCAGUGUUGGCAGUGCCGCCGGCACGCCAGGAGCAACACCAGUCCCGAACGCUUCGCCUGCGGUUGCCGUCAAAACGCAGCCAACGGUGCAGGGCGGCGGUGGCCAGGUGCAACAGGCCGGUCCGAACUUCCCGCCCGCCGGCAGCGGCGGUGUCCAGCAGAAGCGGGACAUCGUGUUCCCGUCGGACAGUGUGGAGGCGACCACGCCCGUACUGUACCGGAGAAAGCGCAUCACGAAGCUGGACAUCGGGCAGACCGAUGCGUGGCGGAUAUUCAUGGCCCUUCGGUCGGGGCUGCUGGUGGAGAGUACCUGGGCACUGGACGUGCUGAACAUCCUGCUGUUCGAUGACUCUUCCGUGGCUUACUUUGGCCUAGCGCAUCUGCCGGGGCUGCUGAAUUUGCUGCUCGAUCACUUCCAGAAAAGCUUGUGCGACAUGUUCGAGAGUGGCAAGCGGGAGGGCACAACCAAUCGGUUCAGCGUUGAGGGCUCCGAUCGGGCCGCUCUGCUCGACCGGAUGCGAGAUAUCGAUGAGGAAGGCGAGGAGGCGCAAAGGGAGGAAGAGGCGACGGCUAGGAAUGGAUCGUCGUCGAUCGCCGUAACCACAACCACUACCGAAACGACCAUCAAGCUAGAGCCAGCGUCACCGAUGAUGACAACAACAACGACGAUGACGACCACCACCACCAUGAUUAAGCAGGAGAAGCUCGAGAAUGGUUUACCAGAGGGGGGUGAUACGUCGUUGCACCAUAACGGAACGCGCGAUGGUGGUGAUAGUAAAGCGGCCAGCAACGGCACCAGCUCGACGAUAGACAGGCGAAGAAGCGCCCAGUGCUAUGCGCGACGCAACAUCAAACGGUGCGACUCGAGCGUGGAGCUCGACCUGGGCGCGGUCAAGAACCCACCGAACCCGGAGGAGCGUACCCUAAUACUGACGUCGACCACGAACUACACGAUGACGUCGCGCAAGGGCCGCCCGGUGAAGAUCCAUCCGGCGGAGGACGACGUUUUUGUCCUCGACCACCGGCGCGACUGGGACCGGGCGUCCGACUAUCAGUACCAGCGCGACACCGAGGUCGGGGGGGACCCGUGGACGGCCGGUCAUACCGAUCCGGAUCCGCACGACUACAUCAUGGAUACGUUCCGGGCCGAGUUUGUGAACAUUCCAUUUGCGAAGUACAUCAAAACCAGCGCCAAGUACGCCGAGGCCGCCAAGGCGAACGGUGGGCGGAACGGAAAGCGGAUAGCGGCGGCCAACAAUAAUAACAAUUGCAGCAGCAAUAACAACAACAACAACAGUGUAAAGUGUACAAGUAAAAAUGAGCGCGAAGAGCCGCAGCAGGAGAACGCAUCGGUCGAGAAUAGUGCCGCUGUGGCUACGACAGCGACGGUGAAAAACACGUCCGACGAAGCGCCGCCCACGGCAAUGGAGGUGGAGGAAGAGGAAGAGCUACUCUCGCCGCCGAAGCGAAGGAAAGAGGACCCGCAUCUAUCGCCGGCCGCUACGCCGACGUUACGCACGCGCAAAGAUCACCACAUCGCCCGGCUGAUGAAUGGCGAGAGUGGCGAGGAGGAGGAGCAAACGAAGGAGAAGAGUGAUAGCGGCCUGCUGGACAAAGUAGUUAAGAACUGUAUAGUGAAGAAAGAGAAGGCAGCAGAGGAGAAGGAAGCGACCGAGACGGGCGACAAAACGACUGCCGCCGGCACAAAGGGCGGCACUGCACCGGCCCCGUCGCCGAUGGAUGCGGACUGUCGGGAGAUCGAUAUGGAGCUGGAAAAGUCCUCGACGCUGUCGAACGGGCCGCAGGAAGCGGGAACGAAGGAUCACCGGGACGGCAGCGAGUCUCGAACUUCGACCACGCCCGACCGCGAACAGAAGAAGCUGCCGAAAGUGGAAGCAAAUCAGCCGCCACCGUCCCCGUCAGCUGCCUUAAAAUCCUCCGAAGAAAAGAUGGAUGUCGAUGAAGAGGCAGCAGGCGAGCAGCAGAAGGAGGACAGUACGACAACAAUGACGGCGGAGGUAGCGACGAAAGCGUUCGACAUUGCGGAAACGGUUCGCGAUCCGGCGCGUGUGCUGAAGCGGCGCCGGAUGAGCGAUUACGAGGACGAGUGCUACACGCGGGAUGAGGCGAGCCUGUACCUGGUGACCGAGGGUCAGGAUGCGCUGGCGCGGCGCUGCGUCGCCAUAUCGAACAUCCUGCGCAAUCUCACCUUCCUGCCGAACAACGAGACGGAGUUUUCGAAAUCGUCCCGCUUUCUGGCGAUUCUGGGCAAGCUGCUGCUGCUCAACCACGAGCACCCGCUGCGCACGAAGAAGACGCGCAACUACGACCGCGAGGAGGAUGCCGACUUCUCCGACUCGUGCAGCAGCCUGCAGGGCGAGCACGAAUGGUGGUGGGACUUUUUGGUGCAGAUCCGGGAGAAUAUGCUGGUGGCGACGGCCAACAUCUCCGGCCAGCUCGAUCUGUCGCGCUUCGACGAACCGAUCUCGCGCCCGAUUCUGGACGGGCUGCUGCACUGGGCGGUUUGCCCUUCGGCCCACGGACAGGAUCCGUUCCCGACGCUCGGUCCGAAUGCGGCCCUAUCGCCGCAGCGGCUCGCGCUCGAAGCCCUCUGCAAGCUGUGCGUGACGGAUGCGAACGUGGAUCUGGUCAUCGCGACGCCGCCCUUCUCGCGGCUGGAAAAGCUGUGCUCGGUGCUGACGCGCCACCUGUGCAAGAACGAGGAUCAGGUGCUGCGCGAGUUCUCGGUGAACCUGCUGCACUAUCUGGCGGCCGCGGACAGCUCGAUGGCACGGACGGUGGCGCUACAGUCACCGUGCGUGUCCUAUCUCGUGGCGUUCAUCGAGCAGGCGGAACAGUCGGCGCUGGGCGUUGCCAACCAGCACGGCAUUAACUUCCUGCGCGACAACCCGGACUCGAUGGGCACCAGCCUGGACAUGCUGCGGAGGGCUGCCGGUACGCUGCUCCACCUAGCGAAGCAUCCGGACAACCGGCCGCUGUUCAUGCAGCAGGAGCAACGGCUGCUGGGGCUGGUGAUGAGCCACAUACUGGACCAGCAGGUGGCACUCAUCAUUUCCCGCGUGCUGUACCAGUGCUCCCGGGGGACGGGUCCGCUCACGACCAUGGAGAUCGAAUCGGGCGGCAAAGCAUUCACAGCCAGCAACUCGUCUUCUACUGGAGCAGCAGCAGCGGCAGCAGCAUCGGCAGCAAACUCCACUGCUUCGUCCGUGAUGGAAGCGAAAGGAGGAGCGACGGAUGCAAAGUCGCUGCUAUCUGCCUCCAGCAUGUCCACGAACGGUGGCAGCAUUGCCGGCGGUCCUUCCUCUCCGAGUGCGACGCAUGCAAGCAACAGCAGCGCGUCCACUCCGAACGGCGCCGCCAGUAAUGCUGUGACAGCCGCAACGAAUGGUCAGGCGGCAUCGGACGAGUUUGCUACGCCAUCGACGCCUUCGGCCACCAUUGCCGCUAACGAAAGCGCUGACAGUAAAGCUGCCUCCGCCAAUGCCUCCUCCCCAGCCGGACCGAGCUACGAGGAAUCCGGCGCAGCGUCGCCGACGACGCCUGCAGAACAUGGUGCAUCGACGAUGGCAAACAUGAGCACUUCGUCACCCGCGAGCAUCGGUACGGAGGUGGUAAACCCCAGCACGGGUUCAGCAGCCGCAAACAACACCUCCAAUAGUAACUGCAGUAACAGUAGUAGUAGUAACAGCAGCAGCAGCAGCAGCAGUAGUAGUAGUAGUGGCAAUACCGUUCCCACGAGUCCGUCUGCCGUUACAGCAGCAGCAGCAGCAACCUCCCCUGCCGCCAGUGUGGCUCCGUCUUCGCAACAUCCGAUAACCGCCUCGUCGUAGUGGAAGCGGAAUGUUUCUUAUUGAAGCUCGAUAGUAGUGCUACACCAGCAGAAGCUGUAAUGCAUGUAGACGGUUAACGGUGGUACACGUACGGCUGUUAUCGUCAUGUAUAUCGAAGUUUAUAUAUAUAUAUACACACACAUACACACUGACACAAAAAGUUAUUUAUAGUUACACAAACAAACACACACACACAAACACAUAUAUGAAUAUAUAUAUUUAUAGGAAUAUAUAUUUAGCAAAAUGAAAUGGAACACACACACACACGCACGCGUGACGAUGUAUGAAGGGAAGAAUCAUUGGAUAUGAUAAAAUCAAGCAGAAACAAAAAAACACGUACAGAAAAAGGUUUAAAAUUUGCGGGUAGCAUAAUAAUAGGUGCGGCCGCUGUAUUAGAGAACAUGAAAACGUAACAAAAACCAUACCACAACAAAAAAGAAGAAAAACAAACUGAAAUUGCGUGUAGAGAGCAAAGUGAGAGAGGAAAAUGGAAGAGCAGAAUUAAUACAAAACACACACCCGGGGGGCGCAGAUUCAAUGGGUUCGGUAGCAGGGGGAUGCUUUCAUUGGUAGCUACAGUUGUAAAAUGCAGGUGUAGGGGCGGUGGGCAGGAGGGGAGUUAGAUUUUAAAACAGCCACAACACAAUGCAGUAUCCAACUAUUAAGCACUGUAACACUCGCCCGGACACACACAAACGCACCACAGCUCGAUACACAUUCGAGGACACGCGAGUGUGUACGAGCAAUGUAAAUUAACAAACAAAUAAUUUGGACUGCAUUUUGUGGUGAAGUUAACGAAACACCCCGCGGGCCUUCUCGCGACGGACACUGGUGGAACUUGCCUGUGUGUAUGUAUGUCCCCCCCGAGUGCAUUUGUUGGUAUUGGUGGUGUGUUGUAGUAGGUUGGUGUUGUGUUAUGUUCUGUAUUUGUCCACUAGGGGACAACUAACACGCUUUCGUUGUGUUUCUUUCGUGCAAUGUGCAAAAUCUGUCUCAUCCUUUAGAUACGAUUAUUGCGUGCGUGUUACAUUGCCUUUAGAUCAAACUGUGUGUUAUUUUUUCUUACAUUUCUCUCUCUGAAAUACCGGGUUUUUUUUUAUUAUGCAUUGUACAGUGAAAAUAAACGAAAGGGUUGAAUGGAAUAAUGCAGCAGCAGCGGGGACAGAGCAGUGCUGUAUAGCAACAACUUUUAAAACACAUGACAAAUGCAGCAGCAGCAGCAGCAGCCGUAACAGCGCGUAGCUUGUAUAGGAAGAAAUAACGAUUGUUUUGAAGAUCGUCGACGAUCAGUGCAGAUCACGUCGAAUGUUGCGUUCCCAUUUUAGGUCUUCUUUGUUUUAAUGCCCAUUUUUACCGCUAGCUGAAAAGCGCGGUACAAUAACAGAACCCUACAAAUGGGAAAAAUAAUAGAACACAAUUACUUUGUGCUUGCUAAGAGAGAGAGAGAGCGAGAGAGCGAGAGCAAGUAUUACGCUACAACAAUUACACAAACACACGUCGUGCGUAUAGUCUACACCGAAUGCAGGGGUUUUUUUAGUUUGUACAGAAGGCAGCAGUAGCAGCAGCAACAGUAUCUUGACUCUUUAACAAUCGAGUUAGAUACGUAAUGUAAAUGGAAAGGACGAGUAGAAGUGGUGUGUGUGUCUGUGUGUAGAGCAUGAUGUGAGCUCUUUCUUUCUUAAAAAAACACCCCCCGCUGCUGCUGAAAGUAAAUAGUGAAAAUAGAAGAAAAUGUAAGCAAAAUAUACUCUCACUCACAAAGCAAAAAACAAACAAUGCGCAUGGUGUGUGUGUGUGUGUGUGUGCGCAUCUUGUUGUCUCCCAUGGGCGCCCAAUUAUACGAUUAGAGAGAGAGUGGGAAAAAGGAACUCUUCCAAAGGCGCUCCUCCCUUUGCUAUGACAAACAAAAGAAGGGAUUUGUGUAAAUAGUUAAGCUAAGAAAUAAGCAGAAGAUAGCGUAAAUGUGACGUGUGUGUAUGUGUGUGUGUUGGGAUGUGAAGAAGGUCCGAGAACAGCAGCGAAUUGGGGCAGCAUAGAUUAAUCGAAAUGUGUUACAGAGUGCAGUGCAGUAUAGUACUACAUAGUUGAUCCAGUUUUACAACAAAAAAAGGGGCCGAACGCGGGGAAAGUGUAGGGAAGCAACAACACGACUGUGUGCGUGUGUGUGUGUGUGUGUGUGUGUGUGUGUGUGUGUGUGUGUGUGUGUGUGUGUGUGUGUGUGUGUGUGUGUGUGUGUGUGUGUGUGUGUGUAUGUGUGCGUGUGUGUGUGUAUGUGUGCGUGUGCUCUGUAUUGCGCCAGAUGAGAUAUUGUAUAGUAUAGUAAUUAGUAAUUGUGUUAUAACGCUUAAGAACGGGAUAGGUGCGUGCCGUGUGUAUGAUGUACAUAUAAUAUAUGGAUAAUAACAGUAAAAGCAUUAUUUAGGUAUGAGCGUGUGUGCGCGUGUGCAAGAGGGAAACCAGGAAUAAAAAGCAGGACAGCGCAUCGUUGAGCUUUUGAUGAUUAAAGGCACUGUAGUAGUAGUAGUAGUAAAAGUAGGGUAGUGUACUCUAGCAAGUAAUAGGAGGAAGUAGAGAGUGUGAGUAUAGAGUAGGCGAAAAGACACGCAACGCAACAUUCCCGUGCUGUGUGUAUGGAGGAGGGGAAGGGGUAACAGGCACACAACACAUCCUGGCUCUCUCUCGCUCUCUCUCUCUCUCUCUGUCUCCGAUCGCUUGUGGUGGGCUUUCGGCGAUGAGAGGAGCGUUGUGAGCAAAUCCCUUCCUCCGUUCUGCACAGUGCGUUCUGCGCGUUCGCCCGUCGUCUUGAAGAAGGGUGUGAUAAUCCAAUAGAGAUCGUGUCUCAUGGGUGGUGGUGGUGCUUGUGAUGAUCAGCCCCCGGCUCCACUCAUGUUUAAGCCCAUUUUCUGGAAAAGAAUCUCUGCAAUGUUUAACAUUAUUCGUUGGUCAUUUUGUGUUUUGGUUCGUGCUGUGUACAGAAGGCUGGUGCAACGAUCAUGCUUUUUCUACCACACACACACACACACUCACACACCUUUCGCGCGUGUGUGCAUAUAAAUUUGUGAUUUUGUUAGCCCCCCGCCCCCUUUUGUAACCGGAAAUGAGGAGGAAAGUUGUCCCCGCCGCUGUGGUGUGUGUGCACGUGUAUUGUGGUGUAUGUACGUGUACGCACACACACACACACACACAGACAUUACGGUUUACUUUCCUUUCAUUGCUAUUGUGCUUGGUCGGGGUCGUCGGCGCUGUCUACUGUACUGUAAAUGUUCGCUUAAGUUGCGUUUAUCACUCGUAAAGCAAAUGUGCUGUUGUUGUUGUGUGCUAGAUUUGUGAGGAUAAAAAAAUAAUACUUCCUUCGUAAAGAGGAAAACCCAAGAAACGCAAACAGAAGUUGUGUGUUGAGGCAACGAACUGUAGGAAAGUAACGAGCCGAGAAAGAUAGAUUCAAGAAGCAGGAUACACAUUGACACACACGCACACACACGCACACACACGCACAGCAGGAAGCUUUAUUAAAACUGCAAAAGGGGUGAUGCAGUAGAAAAAGAAAAACCACGUGGAUGGUGGGUUUGUCAUCAACUUGCGCUUGACCGAUAGUAUGGAGUGGUUUUUGCAGAUUUAUUUGAAAAAUUCUCCUCCACCCCCCCCCCCCCCCGCCUGCCUGCCUGCCUGCCUGUCGCUGUCUCUGUCUCUGUCUCUGUCUCUGUGCCCGUCAGCUCUAUGUCUUGUGUGUUGAGGGCGCAUGAUCGUAUCGGCUCGUCGUGUUUGUAUAUGUGAAAUAGUAAAGUGAGUGCUUGUGCUAAGAUGAUUAGUUUUAAGAGCUAUAAUUUAAUUACCCUUGUAGGCUAGCGUAGCGGGAGGCAGCUCCCAGGGGGGAAAUAUGAGACGAACAUGCAUGUUGGAUUGGAUACACAAAAAAGGAUGCAAAAAAACAAAAGAAAACAAAGCUGUAAACAAAUAAGUUGUAAUGAAAAGAAACAUGCGAAAAGAGCGUGGUGUGCACUAAACGAAGUUAAAAUCGCUUUGUGUCUUUUAAAAAUGUAAUCCCUUUAGGGGCGCAUAGCAGCAGCACGCACACACAGGGCGGGUGGGUGUGUGUAUGUGUGUGUUGUGCAUUGGAGUGAACUUCGGAGCGUAUGUGAAUCUGUGGGCACACGCGGGGGAGCGUCUGGGAGAGCGAGAGCGAGAGAGAACCACAAGCUGCAAAUAUUUAUUACAAAAAGAAGGAUCAAAGCAGAGAUCAUACAACAAUAACAACAAAAAACAAAAGCACAUACAGACAAGCGGUGUAUAACUAUUAUUAUUAUAUAGGUAAAGCAAAGUGUAGUAGAGAUAAAAGUAGGAAACACACAGUACGUGCACACACAACAAACAAACUUGGGUGGGUUAGUAGGUAUUCUAGUGAAAAACAAAAGCAAACAAAAGUGGAGAAAAAACAUACAAUCGCGCACACACACACACACACACACAGGAAGCACUAAAUAGGAAGAAGAGGGAGGGGAGUGGUAGUGUUAGUAGUACUUUCGCUUUGAUUGGUGAUGAUUGUAGAAUCGACAACUAGGGAAGAAAGAGCAAAAAAAACAAUGGAGGAAAAUGUAGAAAAGUUCCCCUUGCAAAUUGUAGAAUCAAUAGAAAAAAUGUGUGAACGUGUGUGUGUUCGUGAAGCGCAAAAAAAGGGGGAAGCAAAAAUCGAUAACAGAGAACGUGGGCGACUCCACGUGCAAGAAGGACGAUCAAUAGUAGAAGGUGAGAUGAGUGAAAAAGACGAAUGAAUGGGACGAAAUGAAUGAACGAAUGCCACCAAAACUGGCUGAAUGAAUGGCUGUGUGUCAGCAGCAGCAGCAGCAGCAGCAGCAGCAGCAAGCACUCCCAGAUAUGGUUAUAGUGGGAUAAGGAGGAGGGGACGGGGGGGGGAGGGAAAAAACAGCUGUAAUAAUUUUACGCCUAACAAGUCCUCUAAUAUGUGUAUAAUAGUAUACGCGCGGUGCACUAGAAGAAGUAGAAGUAACAGCAGCAGCAGCAGCAGCAGCAGCAGAAACAAAGCGGGAAAAUUGAUAAAGCGCCCCGGGAAUUGUGGAUGUUUGCCCCUUAUAUGUAUGUAGAAAACAAAAAAACACACACACACACAACCCCCCAACACACACACAUACACAAUUGAUAACAACCGAAGAAGGGAAAUGCUUGUAGCAGAAGGGGAAGGGUGGGCUGUU